GGAGGAGCUUGUGGCUGCCGCCCCCGCCCUCACUACGCCACCUCCACGGCUCCCAGCUCAGAUUCCUGAUCUGGGUACUGGCCUUUGGCCAUUGGGCUGCCAAUGAAGUAUAUCCUGGUCACUGGAGGGGUCAUAUCCGGCAUUGGAAAAGGGAUCAUUGCAAGCAGCAUCGGUACUAUCCUAAAAUCAUGUGGCCUCCGAGUAACUGCCAUCAAAAUCGAUCCUUAUAUUAACAUUGAUGCUGGAACCUUUUCGCCCUAUGAGCAUGGUGAGGUGUUUGUAUUAAAUGAUGGUGGAGAAGUUGAUCUAGACUUGGGAAAUUAUGAAAGGUUCUUGGAUAUUAACCUUUAUAAAGACAACAAUAUCACUACGGGGAAGAUCUAUCAACAUGUUAUCAACAAAGAAAGGCAUGGUGAUUACUUGGGGAAAACAGUACAAGUUGUUCCUCAUAUUACCGAUGCUGUUCAGGAAUGGGUGAUGAAUCAGGCCAAAAUUCCGGUGGAUGGUCACAAGGAAGAACCCCAAAUAUGUGUCAUAGAGCUGGGUGGCACCAUUGGAGACAUCGAAGGCAUGCCAUUCGUUGAAGCGUUUAGACAAUUCCAAUUUAAGGCAAAAAGAGAGAACUUCUGUAAUAUCCAUGUUAGCCUUGUCCCACAGCCCAGUGCUACUGGAGAACAGAAAACCAAACCUACACAAAAUAGUGUUCGGGCAUUGAGAGGCUUAGGAUUGUCUCCUGACCUGAUUGUAUGCAGAAGUUCAAAGCCCAUUGAAAUGGCCGUAAAGGAAAAGAUAUCCAUGUUUUGCCAUGUGGAACCUGAGCAGGUGAUAUUCAUCCAUGAUGUUUCUUCCACUUACCGAGUGCCUGUCCUUUUGGAAGAUCAAGGUAUUGUCAAGUAUUUUAAAGAGAGAUUGGACCUGCCUAUUGACGAUCAUGCAAGCGAUUUGCUUUUCAAAUGGAAAAAUAUGGCUGACAGGUAUGAAAGAUUACAGAAAACGUGCUCCAUAGCUCUGGUUGGCAAAUAUACCAAACUCAGUGACUGCUAUGCAUCCGUAUUUAAAGCCCUGGAACACUCUGCUUUGGCGAUUAAUCAUAAAUUAGAUUUAAUGUAUAUAGAUUCUACUGAUCUAGAGCAGUCUUCUGAGGUUGAGAACCCUGUGAGAUUCCAUGAAGCCUGGCAGAAGCUGUGCAAAGCAGAUGGUAUUCUAGUACCAGGAGGCUUUGGCUAUAGGGGCACAGAGGGAAAACUCCGGGCUAUUUCUUGGGCAAGAACAAAGAAAGUACCUUUUCUGGGAAUUUGUUUAGGGAUGCAGUUGGCAGUGGUGGAAUUUGCCAGGAACUGCCUUGGUUGGAAAGAUGCGGAUUCUACAGAAUUUGUCCCAAACACCAGCGUUCCUGUUGUGAUUGAUAUGCCUGAGCAUCACCCUGGAGAAAUGGGAGGAACAAUGAGACUGGGAAAAAGAACAACAGUGUUCAAAACAGAAGACUCUAUUUUGAGGAAACUCUAUGGGGACGUUGGUUGCGUAGACGAACGACACAGACAUCGGUAUGAGGUUAACCCAGAAUUAAUCCAGCAAUUUGAAGAGAAAGGUUUGAAGUUCGUAGGUCAGGAUGUUGAAGGAGAAAGAAUGGAGAUCAUUGAAUUGGCAAAUCAUCCUUAUUUUGUUGCUGUCCAGUUCCAUCCUGAAUUUUCUUCUAGGCCAAUGAAACCUUCUCCUCCAUACCUGGGUCUGUUGCUUGCAGCAACUGGUACGCUCGGUGCCUAUCUGCAACAAGGCUGCAAACUGUCUCCAAGGGGCACAUUCAGAAAGAAUGACAGCUACAGUGAUCUUAGCGAUGACAGUCUUCCAGAAAGAAAGAUUUCUGAAAUGGAAGCAAAUCGAGACUCCUUUGUGAUUCCUCAUAAUGAAAGGGACUAAAGGAGCUUUAAAUCUGUUGAAGUCAAUUGAAGGAACUGCUGGAAUGAAACUGACACAACAUCCAGACCGUUUACUACUCGUUUUCCAACCAAUAAAACUUCUUCACCCCUUUAACAAAUAGAUUUGAGAUUUAAAGCUACUGUAGUGAUCUGAUUCCAAUUCUAAACUUCUGAUUUAAAAGAAAAAAAGGAAGGAAGAAAAAAAAGAAAAAGAGGGUUUCCCUCUUCUCUUGCAAAGACUGUUGUUGGGUCUGAUUGCCUUAUCAGAAGGAAAAUAAAACUCCUUCAUGCAAAUGUGUUGGGUGUUGGGUUUUUUUUUUUUUUUGGUCCUGUUUACCAUGAUGAAAAAAAGAUUCAUGAAAGCUGAACAAUGACACAUUAAUUGAACCCUGUAAGACAUAUUCUGUGGAAAAGGCAGUAGGCAAGAUGUAUUGUAACUCAUUUUAAGACCAAAAUCUUAGGCUUUUUAUCUAGUGGAACACUCCUCCAGAUUUGAAUGGCCCCUGAACUUGCUUAUAUCUUUCAUCUAGUUUAGUAUUUCUUCCCAUUAACAUGCAGAUUAAGCAUUCAUCAACUGUAUUAUAUUUCCUGAUUUCUACUAUUGAUUACGCAUGGCAAGAUUUAGGGUGUUUUGUGGGUGGUUGUGUGUUUUUUCCCCUUGAAAGCAGAAUUUAUCUUUUCAGUUGCUGAAUUUUGGGGGGGGUUUGGUAAAAUAAUAUUUCUAUGUAGUGCUGCCAGAUACCAAGCAUUAUAUGAAGGCACCCAACUGUAAAUUUCUCACUAUUUUGUACGAUUAAAACAGAACUGAAUUGUCAUCGUGACUGUCAACAAAACCUCAAAGAAAUGCAAGGGCUUCCCUGUGAAAAUGGAAGCUUAAGCACCAAAAUACUCUAUCCUCAAAGCCACAACUUAGGUUGAAAGUUGGACUUGGACUUUGAAUAGAGAAAUUCAUGGAAAAAUAGGGAGGCUAACUGGAAAUGAGAAAAGAGUCCUAAGUGAGUUUCCAGUUUUAUGGAUCAGAAUUUCUAAAUUCAUAACCUGGAGGUGAGAAAAGAACUAUAGCCAUGAGUGUUUCAGUAUCAAACUGAAAGUAGUCUCAGUUCUUGCUUGGUAGCUAUUUUUUUUCCCCAAAGACCCCUUGGUGUAGAAGCCAGUGAAAACCAAUAUGGUGGCAUGGCUUUGCUCACUCAGCAUUCUGUGAUUUCGUAGAAAUGACAGGGGAAAACAUGCAGAAACCAUGGAGUUCUUAAUGACCUAAUAGACAGCAAUUACCUAAGAAAUUGUCCAGGGAGUAGUUAAAUUCUUUGGGUCACCUGACUAGAAAGGAGCUACAGGCGUGCCAUCAUACUGUUAAUAUUGACAUGGUUGCAGAAGUGGCCAAUCAUUUCCCUUUGCCAGUUUGAAUCAGGUCAUAAAUCAAACUGUGUCCCUUGGCCAGGUGUUCUACUUCCAUUUUAUGGAAGGAAUUUUACUCAUCACCGUCUUUAACCAUUUCAUACCAUAUUUCAUAGAAAUAUAGAAUUCCAGAAAGGGAACAGGGUUUAGAUCUCUAGUUCCACUCCAAUAUCAUAUGGAAAAAUUAAGGACAGUUUGCUGAAACAAACUGAUUCAUCAUUUUGGGUCACACUGUCUUAAGAAUGUUGUCAAAUUUCUCACUGUAUGUUUUCCAUGGAGUGUUGUGUAUGCUUUGCAAGGUCCUAGUGACAAAGCUACCAAUUUAUUAGUGAAAUUAUAAGCAAUUUUAUAAUAUUUAAAUA